UAGCAGUCUUUAUCCUGCUCAGAAUGAGCAUUGCUUCCCUAAUAUCACCACAUCCAGAAGGCCUCGCUAUGAUGGUGAAAGGUCUGGACCAAGUUUCUGAAAAGAUAGCUGUACAUUCAGCCCUCUCUGUACUUUCCCAAAAGGAACAGAAAAAGAACAACUCCCAGGGACCAAUUUCAUUUGAGGAUGUGACUGUGAACUUCACCCAGGAGGAGUGGGGUCAGCUGGACCCUGAUCAGAGGACCUUGUGCAGGGAUGUGAUGCUGGAGAACUACAGCAUCCUCAUCUCACUGGGGUAUUGCAUUACCAAACCAGAGGAGAUCUUCAAGUUAGAGCAAGAAGCACCAUGGAUAUUAGAGGAAGAAUUUGCAAGCCAGUGUUACCCAGGAGAAUUGAAAUUUGAUGGCAUAGUAAAGAGCAAAGAAAACCAAGACAGACAUUUAUGGCAGGCUGCAUUUAUCAAUAACAAAAAAGUAGCUACGGCAAAAGAGAAUGUGUUAAGAAAACCAUUUAAUUUUUGCAUAGACUCUAUUCCUUCCAGAAAAAUGCCCAGUAAAUAUAACCUAGGUGGAAUCAGUUUAGAAAACAUGUCAGAGUUAACCACUAAUAAUAGAAACUAUUCAGGAAAGAAAUCUGAUGAUACCUAUGGGUGUGAGAAAUUGCUUCCUGAAAUUAAUCAUGAGAAAACUCAUACUGGAGAGAAACUUGAUGAAUUUAAUAAAAAUGAGAGCACUUGCUAUCAUAAUGAGGAUUUUAUUCAGCAACAAGAGAGUCACAGUGUAAAGCAACUAUUUGAAAAUAAUGAACACAUUAAAGCCUUCCACAAUAAUGCCGUCUUCAUUACUCAAGAGGGAACUCACACAGGAGAGAAACUCUGUGAUUAUGAUGAAUGUGAGAAAACCAUCAGGGAUGAGUCAAACCUCAUGUUAGGUCAGAUAAUUUACUCAAGGAAGAAUCACUAUAAACUUAAUGAACCUGUGAUAAGUCAGUCCUUUGGAGGAAAUGUCAUAGACUUCACAUGGGUGAGAAAUACCACGAGUGUAAAGUAUGUGGGAAAGCCUUCUUCCAGAAGUCAAACCUCACAGUACACCAGAGAACACACACAGGAGAAAAACCAUAUCAAUGUAAUGAAUGUGGGAAAUCUUUUUACCAUAAGCCAGCCCUCACUGUACAUCAAAGAAUUCAUACAGGCGAGAGACCCUAUGAGCGUACUAUGUGUAGGAAAACCUUCUAUCAGAACUCAGCUCUCCGUCAACAUCAAAGAACACACACAGGGGAGAGGCCUUAUAAAUGUAGUGAGUGUGGAAAAUCUUUCUCCCAAAAGUCAGACUUAACUGUGCAUCAGAGGUCUCACAUAGGAGAAAAAUCUUAUGUGAUGAGUGUGAGAAAUCCUUCAGUAUAAAGUCAAAACUCACUGUACACCAGAGAAUACACUCAGGGGAGAAGCCCUACGA